CUUCCGGUGACAGCAUAGCUACCAGGAGCGACUGCGUUCUACAUAGGAGCGAAUGGGGGACAUGGACUCGUAUGGGGAAGUGCUGGAGAAUAAUGGCCCUCAAGUCCCCAGCAGCCCGGAGAGCGUGGACCACUACGUGCUCAGCACCCUGCCUGAAGUGGUGGAGAGAGUGAUGAGCUUUCUACCCGGCAAGGCUCUGCUGCAGGCAGCCUGUGUCUGUAGGUUAUGGAGGGAUUGUGCGUGGCGUAAACGGAAGGAGAGGCAGAGAGUGACGUGGAUAUCCGCUGUGGGGGCAGGGGAUCUGGAUUUGGGUGGCCACUCUCUGGUUCAAGUUGUCCAAGAAGAAUUAGAGAAAGUCUAUAUAAUACCAGAGAUGUUCCUGUACUUCACGGACUUUAAGUCACUUAAUGAUCACAGACCACGCAGUGGUCCAAAGAAAGCAAAAAAGAAACACGGUUUAGAAACUACAGCUUCCCUGGAGAAUCUUCUGCCAAAGGACUGUAAAAUUGUGGGACUUUCAACACCAGGAAUUGUAGUAACUCCCGGUGGGUCAGCAAGUAACCAACCUGUGGAAUUGGAAGACGGGGAGUCUGGCUUUGCAUUGCUGUUUCCAAAAAUCAAUGGGGUAAAAAUCCAACAUUUCCACUUCAAGGACUCAAAGACUGUAAUGUUUGAUGAGAAUAAACUCAUAGAGGCCGACCUUAAAAAUAACCCAGAUCUGCGUGUGGUUCUGAUCUUUGGAUACAACACUUGGAAGCAUGGAGCAACAUGGUUCCUACAAGGCGUCCUUAAUCCUCUCAAUAAGAAAAGUAUUAUAAUUGCUGGCGGGCUAGCGGAAUGCCUGGCAUCAUUCUCCUCCCAACCAAAGACACGGCGCAGAGAUUGCAUUGGUGUUGUUGGACUGGCACUGAGUGGACCACAGAUCCAGGGAGCCACCAUUCUUCUAGACGAGGAUGUUUGUGAUGAAAAGACUACAGACUCUGCCAUGCAGCGCCUAAAAGCAGCAAACAUCCCAGAGGAGAAUAGCGUGGGGCUCAUGUUUGCCUGCGUUGGCCGAGGAGAGCAGCACUACAAGAAGAAGAAUGUUGAGGCUGACUCUUUUCGGAAACACUUCCCCAAUGUGCCUUUGUUUGGCUUUUUUGGCAAUGGGGAGAUUGGUUGUGAUCGGGUAGUUAGUGGGAGUUUUACACUGCGAGAGUGUAACGCUGAAAAGGACAAUCUUAUACAUGAAUAUAGCACAGUCAUGACCAUUAUUCAUUUCGGACACUCCAAGUAAUGCUUCCUGCAUUGAGUGCUCAUAUAUAUUAUAACUGUACCAAACGUGUCGGCGUUCAGUACCAUUCCUGCCGGAAACCUUAGACUAGUGGUUUCCUGUCUUAUUAUGUGAUAUUGCCUCAAAAUGGGGAAAAAAAACUGCGUUACAAAAUGUCAACACCCUUCUUUUAGCUGGCUUUAAUAAACAUAUUGCGUCUUCUAAUUUCAUAUAAUUAUGCUACCACCACUCAGGGUGUGUAUGUCCUGAAAGUGUACAGGUUCAGGACUUAGUGUACGUAGGCUCGCACAAUCACCUCACACUGUGCGACAUCACGUCACGGUGCACCGCUGGUGCCAGGAUAAAGUGAUGGCAGCGCCCGAAGGAGGAGAGGACGUCUGCACUUAGUGGACGGAAGGGUUUGGUGGUGGUCAUAAGGGGCGGCAUCAGUCUGAUUUGGGGG